ACUUGGCCUUCAGGAUCCCCUCCUCUACACAACAACCACCCCACAUUCACUGAGACUGUGACGCGCGCGCGCGCACAUAUACACGGGCACUCAUUGUUAUAUAUAUAUAUAUAUAUAUAUAUGUUCAGACACGGCUUGAUCUGUGUCCCGUGUUUCUCCUCAUCCCUGUCACUCAGCGCCCCAUUUUGUUUUUAGUUUCUGCUAAUAUUGUGAUCACUAGUUAGUACAGCAGUAGUGGUAUUAUCAGUAGCCAAUACUAGUAGCGGUAGUGGUGGUGGUGGAUAUGAAUAGUGGUGGUGCAGCAGGGGUGACAUCUGGGGGGAUGGGGACAGGAGUGAUGACCAUGAGGUCGCCAUUUACAGUAUCGCAAUGGCAAGAACUGGAACAUCAAGCUUUGAUCUAUAAGUACAUGGUGGCAGGUCUGCCUGUUCCUCCUGAUCUUGUGCUCCCUAUUCAGAGGAGUUUUGAGUCCAUUUCUCAUAGAUUCUUCCACCAUCCCGCCAUGGGCUAUUGCACUUUCUAUGGGAAGAAGGUGGAUCCGGAGCCAGGUCAAUGCAGGAGGACCGACGGCAAGAAGUGGAGGUGCUCCAAAGAUGCAUACCCGGGCUCCAAGUACUGUGAGCGCCACAUGCACCGUGGCCGCAACCGUUCAAGAAAGGCUGUGGAAUCACAAACCAUGACACAGUCAUCGUCCACUGUGACAUCACUGACUGUAACAGGAAGCAGCAGUGGAACAGGGAGCUUCCAGAACCUUCCACUGCGCACAUAUGGUAAUCCCCAGGGCACUGGUUCUGGACCUAACCAAUCCCAUUAUCAUAUGAACUGCAUUCCCCGUGGAAUCCCAACUAAAGAUUGCAGGUAUCUUCAAGGACUGAAGACUGAGGGUGGCGAGCAUAGCUUCUUGUCUGAACCUUCAGGAUGCAAAAGGGGUCUCCAGAAGGACUCACAGCUAGACAAUGCCUGGUCUUUGAUGCUAUCCAGAGGCUCAUCAUUCCCCACAGAGAAAUCGACUGACGACUCGACGUUGAAGAAUGAUUAUCCCCAGCAUUCAUUUUUCAGUAGUGAUUUCACCACCGGAGAACCCGUGAAACACGAAGGGCAGUCUCUUCGACCCUUCUUUGACGAGUGGCCUGAGGACCAGGACAUUUGGUCUGGCCUCAAAGAUAAUAGAUCCAACUCCACCUCAUUCUCUACAACGAAGCUGUCGAUGUCCAUUCCAAUUGCCUCAUCUGGCUUCUCCACAAGUUCUCGUUCUCCACAAGAAAACUGAGAGGACAGAAUGAGAAUUUACAAAGCACGAUCAAAGGUGAUCCUCAACCAAAGAUUGGUGUGUUAACUUGAAAACUCCUAAUCCCCGGUUUCAAAUCAAAUGUAAUAGAGUUAUUUUAGUAUGAUCUAGUUGAAAUUAAAAAAAAAAAAAAACCAGAACAAAAACUAGACUCGUGAAUUCAAAGAUAACUUGAACGAUCAGGUUUUUUUGUUCUUUCACACAUUUUGUUUUGUAAUUUCCAGAUUUUUGUGUUUU